AACAAACAGCUGGGGCUGCGAACGCCCCCUUCCCCGGCCUCGAGAGCACGCCGGCCCCGGCCCCUACCCGGGGGGCCCGUUCGCCCACCAUGAGGAAGAUCCGCGCCAAUGCCAUCGCCAUCCUGACCGUAGCCUGGAUCCUGGGCACUUUCUACUACUUAUGGCAGGACAACCGAGCCCACGCAGCAUCCUCCGGCGGCCGGGGCGCGCAGAGGGCCGGCGGGAGGCCGGAGCAGCUCCGCGAGGACCGCACCAUCCCGCUCAUUGUGACAGGAACACCCUCCAGAGGCUUCGAUGAGAAGGCGUACCUGUCGGCCAAGCAGCUGAAAGCCGGAGAGGACCCCUACAGGCAGCAUGCCUUCAACCAGCUGGAGAGCGACAAGCUGAGCCCAGACCGGCCCAUCCGCGACACUCGCCAUUACAGUUGCCCAUCCGUAUCCUACUCCUUGGACCUGCCGGCCACCAGCGUCAUCAUCACCUUCCACAAUGAGGCCCGCUCCACCCUCCUGCGCACAGUGAAGAGUGUCCUGAACCGAACUCCUGCCAACUUGAUCCAGGAGAUCAUUUUAGUGGAUGACUUCAGUUCUGAUCCUGAAGACUGUCUGCUCCUGACCAGGAUCCCCAAGGUUAAGUGCCUGCGCAAUGACCGGCGGGAAGGACUGAUCCGGUCCCGAGUCCGCGGGGCAGAUGUGGCCGCAGCUGCCGUCCUCACCUUUCUGGACAGCCACUGCGAAGUGAACACCGAGUGGCUGCAGCCCAUGCUGCAGCGGGUGAAGGAGGACCACACCCGCGUGGUGAGCCCCAUCAUUGAUGUCAUCAGUCUGGACAAUUUCGCCUACCUUGCAGCAUCUGCUGACCUUCGUGGAGGGUUCGACUGGAGCCUGCAUUUCAAGUGGGAGCAGAUCCCUCUUGAGCAGAAGAUGACCCGGACAGACCCCACCAAGCCCAUAAGGACGCCUGUCAUAGCUGGAGGAAUCUUCGUGAUUGACAAGUCCUGGUUUAACCACCUGGGAAAGUAUGAUGCCCAGAUGGACAUCUGGGGAGGAGAGAAUUUUGAGCUCUCCUUCCGGGUGUGGAUGUGCGGCGGGAGUUUGGAAAUCGUCCCCUGCAGCAGGGUGGGCCAUGUCUUCAGGAAACGGCACCCCUACAACUUCCCUGAGGGCAAUGCCCUCACCUACAUCAGGAAUACCAAGCGCACUGCAGAGGUGUGGAUGGAUGAAUACAAGCAAUACUACUACGAGGCCCGGCCCUCGGCCAUCGGGAAGGCCUUCGGCAGUGUGGCCAUGCGGAUUGAGCAGAGGAAGAAGAUGAACUGCAAGUCCUUCCGCUGGUACCUGGAGAACGUCUACCCAGAGCUCACUGUCCCGGUGAAGGAAGUUCUCCCUGGCAUCAUUAAGCAGGGGGUUAACUGCUUAGAAUCCCAGGGCCAGAACACAGCUGGGGACUUCCUGCUUGGAAUGGGGAUCUGCAGAGGGUCUGCCAAGAACCCCCCACCAGCCCAGGCAUGGCUGUUCAGUGAUCAUCUCAUCCAGCAGCAGGGGAAGUGCCUGGCUGCCACCUCUACCUUAAUGUCCUCCCCUGGGUCCCCAGUCAUUCUGCAGGUGUGCAACCCGAGAGAAGGCAAGCAGAAAUGGAGGAGAAAAGGAUCUUUCAUCCAGCAUUCAGUCAGUGGCCUCUGCCUGGAGAUGAAGCCCGCCCAGCUGGUGACCAGCAAGUGUCAGGCUGAUGCCCAGGCCCAGCAGUGGCAGCUGCUGCCACACACAUGACGGUAGCCCCAGGGCCUCCUGUACUUUUGCAUGAGACUUUGGGACAGAAGGGGGUUAGGGUGGGGGAGUGUAAAGCGGGCCGUUUCCAUCUCCUCACGUUUCUGCCAGAAUCAUCAGCAAACAUCCCGCCAUGACACACGUUUCUCCAAAGUUUGUUCUUGGGAGGGCACAGGGCACACCCUGAUCUCCGUGCCGCCCUGGCCUUGCCCUGGGAGAGGAGAUGGUCAGGGUUCUGGGCUGUUGCUGGACAGAGACUGGGCAGGUGCCAUGGCCCUUUGUCCUCUCCCUUGGCCCUUCCCGGGGCCCAGACAGUGGUGGGUGGGCUCUCCCCUUGUUUCCGGAGGAGAGCAAGGACAGAAGACCACACAGGGGCCCAGUCGGGUCCUGGGGCCUGCCUGUGGGGACAGGCGUGAGGGGAGAAAGUGGGCAGCAUGGACGGAGAGGCGAGGAGGGGGACGGGCAGCCUGCAGGGGCAGGUGAGGAGCAGGAAGGAAGUGAGAAGCUCAGUGCCCUGUCUAAGAGAUGCCAAGUCAGGGGGUGCUGGGUUGGAUGUGGGCGGCAUGGGCUCCUGGGGAUGAAGGAUGGGUGAUGUGCAGAAGAGCAUGGAUGGAAGAGCAGCAAAGCACCCAAAGAACAAGUCCGUUCCCCAGGACGCAGUCCCUCCACACGUACCUUACCAGCGCCAGGGCCUGGGCUUGACACCGUGCCUCUGGUUCUGCCCUGCAGGGACCCACAUUCUCAGUGAGAGGAUGCAGAGGGAUCUUUAGGGGCAGCCUUGGGCAUAGUUUAUUAAACAGACUCCACUUCUGUUUGGCCACAUGUCAGGCUGAGACCUCUCUCUUGGGCCUUCAUGACCAGCUGGUGCCCUGUUUCCCUUGUCUAUGCCCACCGGGAGGAUGGGCAGCCACCACAUGCCACUGACCAGCCCCAUUCUUAUUUGCAGUUUUUGCCUUCUGCUUUCUCAAAGGUCUUUGCCUCUGUAAAUAUAACAUCAUAGGUCAGGGUGACUGGUAAGAAUGGAAACUUCUUUCUGGAGAAUGGUCAUCCCCUAAGUCAUUAGGGGCUAAACCGUCAGGCUAAACCUCAUCCUGAGUCCCCUCCCCAUUGCAGGAAGGGUUCAGCUAUUGCAGUGGGCUGGGAGGCUCGCUGGUGGCUCCUGUUUGUGUAGAGAACUCCCUGCUGCUUCUCACAGCCGCUAAGAGCAUAUCUACCACAUCUACCCCAUGGCCUUGUUUAGAACCGCUUCUGCUCUUCCCCACGCCCCUUUUCCCCCACCCCACUGGCUCAGGCAGUGUGAUUUUGGGCAAAAGACUGUCGUACCAGGACCCCUGGGGGUCUCAUUCCCAAAGAAAACGAGCCUGGGGCAGACACUCCUACUCCAGGAGACCCCAGACUUUCACAGACCGGGAUUCGCACACCCACAGGGAGCUCAUGGAUUCGAGGGUCUAGGAAUCUCCAGAAAUUGUUCCCAAAAUAUUGCAUGUGUUUGCAUAUCUGGGCAGAGGGUCCUUUGAUUUCCUCAGCUUCUUAAAGAGGUCCAUGAUCCCCAAAGAGUCUGAAUCUCUGCUCUGGAUUGGAGCCACUAUCCACCUGAGCUGCCAUCCCCAAUCUCCCUCCUGGUGUGCCCAAAGCACCAUCACCCUGCUCCCUCUACAUGGCCCUCAGGGUCAGGAGCCAAGUGUCAGUGGUCUGCAGCACCCACUCUGGAGGGUUCUCCAGCAGUUUCCUCUCACUUCCUGGCUCUCCCUGGCAUCCUGUCAGCAGUGCUUCUGUGCCUGGCGUGCACCCCUUUGGAUUCACCAGCGCAGGCCCUUUGCUCCUGUGACCACACUUCUGUCUUGUUGUGAUGUUUCAUCCGCUGCCAUCUGCAGGCCUCAGAUCCUUUGUUCAUCUGGGAAGUCUCCUGCCACAGCUUAGGACAGAACUGGGCAGGGGCGAAAGCCUCUCCCUAGAGGAUGGGGUAAGAGGCCUGGGCCAUGCUUGAGCGUAGACCUUUCAGGAGUGGGAGCGUGGGCUUCUCUCGUUGAAUGUUAGAGGACUGCUGCUCAGAGGGCCUCGAUGAAGGUCUCUCCCUCGUUUCCUGUGGUCAGACCAGGCUUCACACCUGUCAGCCUGCUGUCCUUUGUGGGGACUCAGCCCUGUUCUGUUUUUGCUUUUCCUCUUCUUGACCAAAGCAUGUGCCACUAGCUGUCCUU